AAUGAAGAAAGAAAGAAAGAGAGAAAGAAAUUGCUUUAUAUUUCCCUCCAGCGCGAAACGGCGUCGUUUCAUAUUGCGGCGGUGCUAUAGAAAGAGGGACGCCGAGUAAUUUGGAGCUGUUCUGCGGCUAUGGUGACUAUGGCAGAACUUGAAGAGCAAGGUCCUGCCAUGACAACUCUCGGCUCUCUCUUGAAGCUCACCGAAGUCUUUCUCUGGGACGAUGGUUUGGAGACGAAAGACAGGUCCUUUUCCAUUGGACAAACUAAACCAGCUGGCGAUGGUAGUGGUGAAGGCUCAAACCUUCUGGAUUCAGAGUGUGGAACUUUGCCAGAGGAUAUGGAGCUUACUAAACAGAUGAAUGCAUUGGGGCUUCCAGUCUCAUUCCUCACAAAUAAGGAAAAGAGGAACAGAAAGGCGGAAGGCAAAAGAAAGGUUAUGCGCUUGAAGCAUCCAGUCACUUCCCAACGCUAUGUGGUGGAAGCACUGGAGUCCUCCAAAGUGAGUGUGGAGGAGAUUGCAUCUCCCGUUAAUUUUGAUGGUAACACAGGCAUUUCUUUGUCUUGUAUAUCAAUGAUGGGUCAAAGUGAAUCAUCUUCCUCAGAUGUUGCAGUGGAUGCCAUUAAAUUUCAGUGCCUCUCUGUUGAAGGAGAUAAUCCAGCAAGUUCAACUGAGAUUACUAGCGAUGCUUCCAAGGAACAAGAUUGUGAUGGAAUAUUGGGUGUUGUUUGUAAUGAUGGCCAGGAUUAUGAUUCUUUACACAGCAGUGCUGUGGUCAAUGACAAAAUGAAAAUUUCAGCGAGCACUACUGAUUUAAAUGAUGGAAUUUUCUCAGGAAGCUGCUCAACAGAUGCUGCUAUUAGCCAGGAAUCAGGUGGAAGAUUAAUGGAGCAUGAUCACUUAGAGUGUUCAUUGAUGACUUUGCAUGAAGCAGAAGGUGCUAAGAUUUGCGAGGAUUAUGUCCCUGAGAAACCAUGUGUUUCUGAAUCAGUUUCAUAUUCCACGUGUUCAGAAGUGCUUGACCAUGAUGGAUCUGACAGCCAGGACAACGGUGAUGUUGGAGACUGGAUGGUAUAUUGGGAUUCUUACUACAUGAGGAAUUACUUCUAUAAUAUCAGAACAAGUACUUCGACAUGGCACCCACCCCAAGGCAUGGAAUUUUUAGCAACUGUUGACACUACAUAUAAGUCAAAUGAAAUGACUGCUCAAGUAAUUGAGAUGAAUGUUACCACUGAUUUAGAGACAACAGAUUUAUGUGGUUUGAGUAAAACUGAAUCAUUUGAAGAAGCAAUCAGUGAUGAUGUUUCACAGGGUCAGCCAUAUUGUGAGCUCAGGGGGGGCCUUGAACUCACUGUUGACAAUUCCAUGUCUGAUACAACUUUGCCAACUGGCAGUCUAAGCAGAUGUCUGGAACAUUCAGUUGAACUUAAUGAAAGCAAUAACACCAGUAAUGAUGGAAAUGCAUCAUACUUGUCAUCAAAUGUCCAGGACCUUGCUCGUUUCAGAAACAAAACCAAGCAGUUGGUUGCCGAUGAGGUCUACAAAAAUGAUUUGGAACCAACUCUUCCGGAAAAAACUGAUGAACCAAAUACUAUUGAUCUCUAUAAUGAACCUAGUAAAAUUAACUCUUGUGAGGAAACCCUUGAAGAUUUUGAAGGUGAUGACGCCUUUCAAAUAUUAGAUAUGAGCAGCUUGUCCAAUACAUACACUGAAAAAGUUUCUGAAGAUUUUAAUAUGCAUUCAGGAACUGGAGUUCCUGCAAUAAAUGAGAUGGAAAUGCAUCAUGACCUUUCUGUAGUAAAACGGAAAAAGAAAGUGAGAAGAACGAAAAUUCAGAGGAAAUUAUCUAAUGAGAAUGAAGAACUUCUGUUUCAAGGGUUAUUCAAAGAGUUUUCUGCUGAUAUUGGCAAAUAUUGGUGUCAGAGAUACCGAUUAUUCUCCAGAUACGAUGAUGGUAUAAAAUUGGAUGAGGAAGGAUGGUUCUCUGUUACUCCAGAACCUCUAGCUAGGCAUCAUGCAGAACGUUGUGGUAGUGGCAUCAUCAUUGACUGUUUUACUGGAGUUGGUGGGAAUUCCAUCCAAUUUGCACAUAUAAGCAAACAUGUGAUAGCAAUUGAUAUUGAUCCAAAGAAGAUUGAUUAUGCGCACCAUAAUGCUGCCAUCUAUGGGGUUGAUGACAGGAUAGAUUUCAUAAAGGGGGACUUUUUUGAUUUGGCACCAAAGCUGAAGGCAGACACAGUCUUUUUGUCACCUCCGUGGGGAGGACCUGAUUAUGCAAAAGUAAAGACAUAUGACCUUAGGAUGCUUAAGCCACAUGAUGGAUAUUUUCUCUUUAACACUGCAAAAGAAGUUGCUUCUAGGAUUGUCAUGUUUCUUCCGAGAAAUGUUGAUCUCAACCAAUUAGCAGAGUUGGCUUUAUCAGGGAGUCGACCAUGGUCAUUAGAGAGAUCUGAAAGUGAUCGUAACUAAAGGGACAAAAGGAAAAUCACUGCGUACCAAGAAAGAAAAGAGGUAGAUCAUACAUGUUUAUUAGUUGGCAAAGCAGCAUGGCAUUGAGGCUUGAACUUGGGGGUGAGCUCUUGACAGUAAGUAGAUUUUACUCUGUCCCCACUCUCCACCACUGGAUAGUGGUGCCUGGAGAGACCCAUCGAUCUAGAAUAACAAUUUCAUGUUUUCAUUUGCUGUAAUUGUUAGGCCAGGAAUAUUGUUAAUUUCUUUUCUGUAAUCUAUGACCAAAUAGAGUAUGACACUCUAAUCUGAGUGUUGGGGUAUUUGGUUUCAGGUAGAGAAAAAUUUUUUAACUGGCAAGUUGAAGGGCAUAACUGCUUACUUCAGUGACACGACUGGGAGACAAUGAUAGUUUUAGCUUUAUUCAUAAGAGAUGAAUAUUGAGCAGCUUUCAAGGGUGCGCGUUAAUGCAAUGUUGUUACUCACCAUAAGCGGUUUGGUAGUUGCAGUUUUGAUUUUGAAUCGCAGAAACCAUUUGCCUUGUGUUGGCCGGAGCCUCAUGCAAUUGAACUUUUUUCACUCUAUAACUAUUAUUGGUGAGAUGAAAAGUUUCAGCUCUGUAUUAUUGUACAGUCAUCUAAGCUAGUGUGAUGCAAUUCUAGUCAUGUUGUAAAAGCAACAGUCAUGUAUCAAUAAUCAAUGAGCUGUGUUCUGAUUGAAAUAUAUACAUAACUUUUACUGCAAGAAAA